UAUACUAUAUCAUUUAUUUAAAUGUCAGUAAUUUAGAAUCUACAUAAAAGAAAUAAAUUAUUAUGACAAUUAAUUCUAAAAUAUUAAUUAAAAUUUGGGAUGCACAAUAUUUCAACGCGACUUGAUACCCUCAAUAGACAGCUCAUCAUUAUUUCUGAACUACAAAAAAUGGAAGAAGAAUAUAAUGUGUAUCCUUAUACAACAUGUAAAAAAUGUGUUAUACCCAAUUAUUUUGGCAAAUGUUGUUAUUGUGCUCAAAAAAUUUUAUAUUUGAAAGAGAAAUUAAACAUGCCCAAUUGUGCUGAUGAAUGUACAUAUGACACUCGUAAAAAAAGGAUAGUAUGCACUCCAGAAAAAUGUAAAACACGCAGAAAGUUACAUUCUUAUAAAAAUACUUCAUCAAUUGAAGGUAUAUUAAUGUCAUUGAUCUAAAAAAAACUUAUGGAAUAUUAUUAAUAUUAAUUAAUAUGAAAUUAUUUAUUAGAUUUUAAAGAUGAAGUUAAAAAUGAUAAAAUAAAAAAUACUAAAGAAUUGAAAGAAUUAGAAAAACCUAACUUGAUUGAAUUAGAGAAACCUAAGUUGAUUGAGUUACAGAAACCUAAGUUGAUUGAGCUAGAGAAAGUUAAUGAGUUAAUUGAAUUAGAGAAAGAAAACAAAUCUGAU